UUUUAACAAUGGAACAUGUAUUGAUGAGGUGUCGUUCUAUCGCUGCAUGUGCCUGACGGGAUACACUGGCUACCAAUGUGAACAGACCAUCUAUCCUUGCCUUGAUUCACCAUGUGAAAACGGUGGAACCUGUUCACAUCUAGCACCUGGCUCACACAGGUGUUAUUGUCCUGAAGGUUUUACCGGUGACAGCUGCGAAACAGACAUCAAUGAAUGCAGUAGCUUUCCCUGCUUCAAUUAUGAGGAGUGUGUGGAUGAACGUAAUGGUUAUUCAUGUGUCUGCAAGGCUGGUUUUAGUGGCACCCACUGUGAGGUUGAUAUUAAUGAGUGUGCAUCCUCACUCUGCCAGAAUAACGCAAUUUGUGUCGAUCUUCCCGGUGACUUCUCUUGCGAAUGCUUGCUUGGAUACGAAGGGGUAUUUUGCGAGACCGAUAUCGAUGAGUGCAUGCAGCAGCCCUGUAAGAAUGGAGCGACCUGCCUGGAUGACGUGAAUGCUUUCAAAUGCAUCUGUGCUCCAGGAUUUAUAGGGACUACAUGUCAGGUGGUAGAGGCUCCGCAGUGCUAUCCGGCGAAUCCUUGUAUGAAUGGUGCCACGUGUUUGGGGAGAAGUGACAGUGCAGAGUAUACGUGCCAUUGUUUGGCGGGAUUCACAGGAACCCUUUGCGAAGAGAGCAUCAAUGAGUGCAUCGGGAUUCAAUGCCUAAAUGGAGCCACAUGCAUUGAUAUUGUGAAUGGAUAUGUUUGUCGCUGUCCACCAGGGUACGAGGGUGUCAUCUGUGAUGAGAACUCUGAUGACUGUACACCAAACCAGUGCGAGAAUAAUGGUGUAUGCAUUGAUCUUAUCGAUGGUUUCAUUUGUGAUUGUCCAGAAGGGUUCGAUGGAACUUUGUGUCAGGUCAACAUCAAUGAAUGCGAGUCUUCACCAUGCGAACACGGAGGAACGUGUACAGAUCAUGAAGGAUUCUUUACAUGUGAAUGCCUGCUUGGCUAUGGCGGAGACAUGUGUGAAACCAACAUAGAUGAUUGUGCCGGGGAUCCCUGUCACAAUGGGGCGUAUUGCCUGGAUGGACUGAACAGCUUCACGUGUACGUGUGCACCAGGAUUUACUGGGGAACUUUGUGAGAAUGUUCUUCCGUCAAAUUAUGAUUUCAUCUUCGUUCAAAGUCGCCCUCUUCUUGUGCGUGAUGACAUAUUUUCCAGUGUACAACCACAACUGCUUACAUUGUCGCUAUGGUUACGGACAAGCUCCUCGCCAGCAUCUUUCAGCCUUCUUCAUCUUAAGAGAGCUUCAGCUAUUCUGUUGAUGGCGAUUGAAAACCCUUGCUCAUUAAGGGUAGUAAUGGACAGCCUACUCAUUGAUACACAUUCAAACCUCUGCGACAAUGUGUGGCAUCACAUAUUCUUUACAUGGGACUUGGAGGACACUGGAAAUUGGGAGUUGCGAGUUAAUGCUAGUCUUCUAGAAAGUGGAAGUCAUCUGGCUUCCAUAACGCCUGAAGAUAUAUUAUCAAUCGGGGUAUUGCACAUGGAAACUGAGGGUAAGAGGACCUUACGAGCUCAUAGAUUUUGUUUAAGUCGUCGGGGUUGGGGGACUUACCACAACUCUCACAUGAUACGACUCUUCCAAACUGUCUUGAUUUUACCCGGAUAG